AAAGUGCUAACAUUAUCUGUAACAUAAGAACCUAGGGUUCCCAAUAAGGUUCCCUGGGGUCUCCUGCAGUUUCCACUUUGAUGGAAAUUUCAAAUUUCAAAGUGGUAGCACUAAUUAAGAACUGCAACUGCUAAUUCUACGAAAUUCUUUAAAAUGCGUUCCUGUUUAUAUCUUCCCAAGUUAUAUUCUUUUUCUAAUGUUGGAAGACGUCUAAAGAGAGUCGACUACCUUUUUGUGAAGUACUGCACAAGCGAGACAGGCAAUCGACCCUUAGUAAAAGAUGGGGAGGCAUUUGAGUCAACCAAAUGGGGCUACACUCAAGAGAAAGAUGGCUUCAUGAAACAUGAUAAGAACACAACAGGUCUCUAUCACUUGGGGACAAUCAAUCUACCUCCACAAUUGGAAAAAAAUCUCAAUGAAUAUUUGCGGAAAUUUCCAAGAAAGCAUCUGUUAGAAGAUGCCGUCCAGCUCUCAAAGCAUUUACAAAAUCGAGGAAGACCGACCGAGAGGACCUGGGCCAAAUACAAGGAAGCCAAGGCCGCUAGAAAGCAGCUAAGAGAAAAUACUGAAGUUGAAGAAAAUGAUACAAUUGUAAGACUCGAUAAGAACGGAAAUGAACCUGAUGUUCUGCAUUCAAUGGAUGAAAUGCAACAUCCUGAAAAACCAGCUCGAGUGUCUGUCACGAGGAAACCAAAGAUACAGGAGUACAAAUUAAUACGAUAUCAGAAGCGGGAGGCAGCAGCCUACAUUGCUGGUCGGGCACCUGCUACUUACGGAGCAACGUUACGAGUGUUACAUGAAAUUGCUAAGAGAGAAAAAGAUUUCCAUCCAGAAACCGUGCUGGACUUUGGAUCAGGCGUAGGAACUGCCACGUGGGCUGCCCAUGAAUUGUGGAAGGCUUCAAUCAAGAUUUAUCAAUGUGUCGAUGUUUCUCACGACAUGAACGAAACGGCUGAAUAUCUGCUUAGAAGUAGUGAAGGAUAUAGGACACCGCAUUAUAUACCUCGAAUAUACUUUAAAGAAUAUUUACCAGUCACAGAUAAGGUCACGUACGACAUAGUGUUGGCGUCGUAUUCCUUAAGUGAAAUACCCUUUAGCAGAACGAGGCUGGAAUUCCUAGAAAGUCUUUGGAGGAAAACAAACCAAUUCCUAGUAAUCGUCGAAAAAGGAAAUAACGAAGGAUUUGACAUUGUUCUGCAAGCUAGAGAUUUAGUCGCAGGCAAACAGAUCGAGAAUCCAGCGACAGAUGAACACUAUUGGACAGAUGGAUAUGACGAUCAGGGGUUUGUUUUUUCCCCGUGCCCACAUGAAUUCGUAUGUCCUCGAUCUGAUGUUAACACACGUGACCAUCCUUGCAACUUCGAACAACGUGUACAGCUGUCUUUCGCUCAGCGGACCACAAGUCUAAAGAAGUAUGGCUGCUACAAUGAAAUGUUUUCAUAUGUUGUGCUGCGCAAAGGGGAACGCUCUCCGAAAGAUUUGGAUUGGGCGAGAUUAGUGCGUCCUGUCCGUUUGCGAGAGAAACAUGUGAUUUGCGACUUCUGCAGCAAAAAUGGUACUUUGGGACAGAAAAUUCUGACAAAACGCAAAGACAGUGAGAUAUACAAAUGUGUACGGCAUCGCGCUAAAUGGGGAGACCUUCUACCUGUCGAUGUCGACAGAAAGGAGCAAGUUGACGAGGACGAGUGCACGUGAUAAGACUUCAAAACUUUGUAAGGACAAAGUUUGCACUUUCAGGACUGUAAUGUGUGGACGCAGUGUCUUUGAAUGGUUUUCAUUGAACCUGGACUAAGCGCGGCCUAAUAAAUAUCGUGAGAAGAACUGAAUAUGCACUGUAGUAAGAAUUUCCAAAACGAUUAUCAAACCAAGAACGCGCACAUAAAUAUCUGAAAUUAAUGCGGAUAU